CAUCUCAAACCAAACAUGGAUGAAGGUUAAAACUGUCACUUAUAUGUUAGUCUCAUCUAGGUUUUAGAUGCUUACUUUGUCCUAGUUUAGUGAAAUUACGGAUACAAAUCGUAUACAGGAAUCGAUUAUUAGCUUGCUUCAACUACGAGAAUUCGGCGAAACAAACAAAUAAAGGCGACAAGAAGGACAAUAAUCUGAACAUUAUGGACGCUGUAGCAAUGCACCGACCGCAGUCUGCAUCAUCACGUCAAGAUGAGGAGCUUAUGCAGAAGAGUAGCAGAGCUCUUUCCUCGACUACUGACCCUCUAGAGAAGUUGAGGCUGAUGUGCCUGUCACGUGGUGCUGUCGGCAUUCUAGGCCUGGGAAGAGUUUUCCGUCGUAUGGACGAUGAUGGCAGCAAGCAGUUGAAUAAAAUGGAAUUUAUCAACGGUAUCAGAGAGUCGGGUGUUGAAUUAUCAAACGCGGAUGCAGAGGAACUAUUCGACCGCUUCGAUACGGACAAGAGUGGUUCUGUCAGCUUGGACGAGUUCCUUGUGAAAAUAAGGCCACCGAUGUCAGAAUCCCGCCGAGCUAUAAUUGAGCAAGCUUUUAAGAAACUAGACAAGACUGGUGACGGCUUGAUCACUAUAGCCGAUAUUCGCAAUGUUUAUUCUGUGAAUUCGCAUCCAAGGUACAUGAGUGGAGAAGAGACAGCUGAUCAAGUUUUGUCCAAGUUUCUCGGUAAUUUUGAAACUGAAGGCACUGUGGAUGGCAAAGUAACUCUCGAAGAGUUUAUGAACUACUACAGCGCUAUCGGUGUCUCUAUUGAUAACGAUUGUUAUUUUGACCUUAUGAUGCGUCAAGCUUACAAGUUGUAAGCUUUUCUCUUUCCAUUUAUACUGUUAUGAUAGGUAAAUUCAAAACUAUACGUAUAAAGCUUAUUGUAAUUUGUGUAGAAAUAUAUAACAGUGGUUUUGUUCGUUACACAUGUCAUUUAUUUCAAUUAAUAAAAUAUGUUUGACUUUUGACGGUUUCAAUAUUUAAAUUAAUGAUUUUUUAACAAUAUUAAAAUUCGAGUUUGCUGCAAAUUAAAACUAUGCUUGAUUGUUUAUACGUAUAAAUAUAGUACAUUUUAUAAGCACCUCGUAAUAACUAAUUACAUUUGUAUUGUAUUAAAUUAUGUUUGUGUGUAACUUCAUUAAAGAUUUUAAUUUUAAA